GUCUACCCAACACGCAGGCGCAUCUCCUCAAGCGCUUUCCCCACCCCCUCCUCUUUCUCUUCAGUCCGUUCCCCCUCCUCUCCCAGCAGCUCCGCAGGUUCAAACUCUUCUCCUGGAGAGUGGCGGCGAUCGCGCGGUCACGUGAUGAGCAUCCUGCUGCCCAACAUGGCGGAGUUCGACACCAUCUCGGAAUUGGAGGAAGAAGAAGAGGCAGCAACAUCGUCGUCGUCUCCGUCGUCGUCGUCGUCGUCGUCGUCGUCGUCGUCGUCGGUAUCUGGGCCUGAUGAGGACGAGGAAGAUGAGGAGGAGGAAGAAGAGGAGGAUGAAGAGGAGGAGGACGAGGAAGAAGAAGAAGAGGAGGAGGAGGUGCCGCCCCCGCCUCGGGUAGUGAGCGAGGAGCAUCUGCGGAGAUAUGCCCCAGACCCUGUGUUGGUGCGCGGCGCCGGCCACAUCACUGUGUUUGGAUUGAGCAACAAGUUUGAUACAGAAUUUCCGUCAGUUCUGACAGGGAAGGUGGCUCCAGAAGAAUUUAAGACCAGCAUUGGCCGUGUGAACUCAUGCUUGAAAAAGGCUCUCCCUGUCAAUGUGAAAUGGCUGCUGUGUGGAUGUCUCUGCUGCUGCUGUACCCUGGGGUGCAGCCUGUGGCCCGUUAUUUGUCUCAACAAAAGAACCAGAAGAUCGAUUCAGAAGUUACUAGAAUGGGAAAAUAACAGAUUAUACCACAAGCUUGCUCUGCACUGGAAAUUGACUAAAAGGAAAUGUGAAACUAGCAAUAUGAUGGAGUAUGUAAUACUAAUAGAAUUCUUACCAAAAUACCCCAUAUUCCGACCCGACUGAGGAGUUCUGUUCAGUCACUUCUGUGUUAUCUGUCAUUUCCUACCCUUAGUGCCUUGUAGAUGAUCUUGGAAUGGAGACAGUCUCCUUUGCUGUGUUCAGUUUAUUCUUUACAACAGUAGACUAUUCUUCUCACUCUUUUAUUUGUGUUAAUUUAAAAAAAUUGCACAUCUUUUUGGUUUUAAAUGAGGCUUGUGUUUUGCACUCUCAAUUUUUAAAUAAAUGCAAACAUAUACCCAUAUUUAUCGUUGACACUAAAAACAUCAGUGCUGGUGUUUAAAAAAAAAAGCAAAACAAAAACCUUGUUCUGAGCAUGCUGCCUUAUGAUUUUCAUACUCACUGUUUCUAAAUAUGCAUCAUUUUUCUAGGCUAUUUAAUGCUCUGUAAUCCCUUACUGGACACACCCAAAUAAGCUUUUGGUAGCUUUUAGAAAUGGUUUUACUCUGCUCUUAAAGAAAAUGCAAUUAAUAGCACUGGUUUCCUCCUGCACUUUGCUAAAUUGUCACUUAUAUUAGUGGAUAAAAUAUUUAAACUCCUAAAGACUUGUAAAUAUUGUGUCUUUGCAUAAUGUAAAAUGUGGUAUGCCAUGGUUUAUAGAAUGUAUUAUUAUUAUCAAUGUAUUGCCAACAAUUCCACAUAGAUUUUAAUGUGAAUGACGUUUGCAAACAUCCUUUUGAAUGUAGAGACCUUUAACAUGCUGUUUUGUGGCAAAGCCAAAAUGAGUAUGUUAAAUUUCAGGUGUGGGGCGGAGUGCCCUGCCUAAUAAGUGGAUUAAAAUUGAAAUCAUUACUUUGGAUCUUGGGCAUCACACCUGAGACCACGAAUCUUUUUUUCCAUUUAAUUCACUGUUCUCCAUUUCUCCUCCACUCCAUCCCCAUCUUAUAGCCUCACUAGUUCUCAUUUCCUUUUUCUUCUGCAUCCUUUCCUUCCUUUGAAAAUGCACGAAAUGUCUGUCUUUAAAUGUCUUGAGAGCUGGGCACAUGCCGUUAAUCCCAGCACUCAGAAGGCAGAGGCCGAGGAUCUCUGUGAGUUCGAGGCCAGCCUGGUCUACAGUAUAGUUCCAGCACAGCCAGGACUACACAGAGAAACCCUGUCUUAAAAACAAACAAAAGUGUCUUGAGAUUUUUGCUUCUUAUGUGAGGUAUCAAGGCCUCCAUGAAAGCCAUGGCUUAUCCUCUUCUAAAGUUUCUGUAUUCUACAUUGAGGAAGAGCACAGAGAAGCUCAUACAUGGCAGGCUAGUCAGAACUGAGACAACAGUUUCCGCCUUCUGAUUGAGGAUCUUUUUAAAACACCUAUAAAUUAUUGAGGAAAGACAAGUAAAAUUUAGAUAAAAUUGUUUUUGUUUCUAAAGUGGCCAUGUGUUUUGAUUGAUACAUGCAUCUUUCUGGGUUUUUUUUUAUAAUUAAAUUUAGUGCCAUUACUACUUUGAUUUUACUAUAAUUUGAAAUUAUAGUAAAUGUUUUUAUAUCACAUUAAUUCAACUGCAAGUGAUGCCUGUAUAUGGGCAUUGUUUAUAAUUUGCAGUGAUGACAUACAUUCCCUUGGUCCUUCUGUUCUUAACUGCUUUUAAGUAAGCUCAUCUCAGUGAAAAGAACAGUCUUAACAAGGUCAAACCUUUUAAGAGUUAUGCCUAAUCUGAAAUCCUUAGUCCUUGAUGGAAAGAGGAAGGCCGUCCUGUUUGAUGCGUGGUUCUAACGGUUUGCACAAAAACUUUUUGAGCCACCCAGCCACCCCAGAUCUCUAAGUUCUAAUAUAUUAUGUAUGCCUGCAAAUAUGUCUGCCUGCUGCAAAAUUGAAGGUGUAUUUUUAUAGAUAAGAAGGAAGCCUUUGAAAAUGCAUACCCAAUGUCUUGUUUUAUAGCUAAGGUCAGGGAAAAACAUAUCUAUGUCUUAUGUUCCAGCUAAUGUCAUCAAAUUUAUGCUUCAUACUGUGAUGUUUUAAUACCAAAAUUGAUUUCCAUCAUAAUAUAGAAUUUUUAAUUCUCACUGGUAAAAUAAUUACUUGUGAAUGUCAACCCUCAGCAAUCUUACCUUUUGUCUGUAGCCUUAGAAUUUGACCAAAUAGUGACCAUAGUAACUUUUCUGCCAUGUACAAAUCACACUUCAUUUUGUUCAAAAAAAUCAAGAAGUGUAAUGAAUUGUUUCCAUGAAACAAAUAUUAAGACAGGAAUAGAUUGUAUCUGGACGAGACCAAGUAUAAUUCAAGUUACAAUAGUAUUUGUCAUUUAAAAAUAUUUAUCAUAAUAUAUCAGAUCAAUUUGAACUACUCACUCAUUUUAUUUUUCAGUAUACUGAUUGACAGAUCAUAGUUUCUUGAGAUACCCAGAAAACAAUUCAUCUUCUCAUUUCUUUUCUUUCUUAUGUGACUGGUAGUUUGAGUGGGGAGGAAGUUCCUUUUCAUUGAAAUUAGCCACAGCAAAUGCUAACCUAACAGAGUACACGGUGGUCACUGAUUCCUCCCCCACCAAACUUCUUUUCUUUUAACCUCAGGAUAGAAUGUAGCUUGUAUUUUUCUAUUGGGUUAGCCAAGUAUUUUGUGAAAGUUAUUUUUGACUGAAAAAGAGAAUAAUUUUGUUGACAUAUUAUAUUCCUUUAUCACCAUGGUAGUUUCCAAAGGAAAAAAAGUUUUUGAAAUAACAUGUUUUUGCCAAAGCUUCUAAAUCUCUGUAGGCUUUGAGAUUUUGAGUUAAAGGACUUUUUUAUUCUUAUUCUGAAAAGCCUGGCAUGGUGGUUUACACCUCUAAUCCCAGCAUUUAUUGAGCUAAGGCAAGAGAAUUGCUGUGAAUUUGAAGCCAGCCUGGGCUACACAGGCUGUCUCAAGAAAAAAAAAAUAAGAAAGUUAUUUCUCCUUUGAGCCAAGAUUCUGAUUUAAUAAAUUGAUCUAACCUGUCAAUUUACAGUUUGUUUGAAAGGCCAGUAACAUCUAUGUUAUUAAUAAAAAUAAGGGCAAAUGCCACUUGCCCUUAUCUCAGAUAUGUUCUUUAAUCAUUUCCCAUUUUACCCCAUGUUAAUUUAGGAAAGAGAUUAUUGUAACUGUAGAAAUAGAUGGGAAAGUGCCUUGUCUUUUUCAAAGAUAGCGUGGUAUGUAGAAGGAAGCAGAAUAAAUGAAUUAAUAAUGAUUAGAAAUUAUUCUUUUCAACUAGGCAUUAUAGCCCUAGGUGGUUAUAUUUCUCUUAAAUCCAUUUACUUAUCUUCUAAUCAUGUGGUAUAUUAAUGAAAAAAUAUCACAGAAUAGAACUAUCAGUCACUUAAAAAUUAGUGUGAUUUUAAUGCUUAUAAGCAUAGAAUUUAACAUGGUUCUAGAAGGACAAUGGUCUUUGAUUGAAGACCCUACCAAAACUCACUUAAGAAUUAAAUGUCUAUAUUUCUUUUAUUAACAUGACCUAUAAACACUAAUAUCUCAGAAAUUAAACUGUGUUUGUGCCCAGCAUUGUCAUUUUUAAUGAGAGUUGUUGUUGCCUUUGAUAACUUUAAGAAAGCUCAAUAGCAUUUGUAAGCCUGACAACAAUUAGGUAUUUUCAAAUGUAUGAGACCUUUACAAAUCAUUAGCACUUUUAUUUUUGCUUACAGAUAAGCUGCCACUUAAAAAUAAAACAUCACUUGAACAUGAAGACACCAGACAAUAUUUCAUUUGAAUUUAUUGUAUGUCCUAGGCAAAUAUAGAAUUUAUACUCAUCUGAUUAAUUGGAAUAGCUUCACAUAGUGGAAAUACUUUUUCCUAAAUUGACUGGAAGUAUUCAAUUCAUUGAAAUUAAGUCCAAUUAUGCCUAUAGAAGUCUGCUUCUUAAAAAAAAAAAAAAGAAAGAAAGAAAGAAAAGAAAAAGGUCUAUUUUACAACUAUCAAAUCAAUCAGGUUCCCUUGAGUGGUAAACUGUUGGGAAAUUUUUCAUGGUAAAGAAUAAGUUAAUUAAUACUUGUUCAUAUACUUUGUGAACUAAAAAGAAUUGAAGGAUAUCUAAAAGUAUAUCCUUCCAUGUGUGUAUGUGUAUAUAUAUGUAUAUAUAUAUAUAUGUAUGUGUGUGUGUAAUUUUUAUCCUGCUCCAGCUUUUCCUCUCACCUGAUUCUGAGCCAGCCUUUUUAUUUUGAUGAUGGCAACCUGAGAAUAUGUUCCAUUUUCUGUGAAUUUUGUCAAAGUCAGACUUAAUGAAGAAACGAUCUAUCUAAUGUUGUGGGCCCCAGGCAAGUGGCCUAAAUUAUGUGUCAGUGUUUUCCUCUGUAAAAGUAGAGAGUUGAACCUUGAGCUGGACAGGAAAUGAGAGGUUAGCUAACAUUCUGUGGUUCUGAGAAGCCACAGAUCUUCGCUGUGCAGAAUGUGAGAAUGGUUAUUCUCAGAUCUGUACUGGGUGGAAACUCACAGUGCCUUGCACACAGUUUGAGUUCAGUUUGCUGGCUGGCUGCUAGUUGAUGUGUGUUAGUUAAAACACACUCAAAGAACCCAAUGCCUGAUAGACCUUAUUCCCUGUGUGCUGAUAAAAGUGAAUGUAGUUUCCUUAGGAAGUGAGGGCUGGGAUCUCUGGUUUGCCAUGUGGAAUCUGACUAUGCAGUUGGUAUCAGGUGUGACAACAGUAUCUGUUUAGGCUAUGUGAAGAGUUACAGACUCAAUUUCACAUCUGCUUCAGUGUCUCACUAAGUUCCCUACUCACAAAAAGAUCUAUCUGAAUGGACUUAGAAAGUUCGGUGGAAAGGAAAAUGGCAGAGAAUUCAAACCCAAGUCACUUCUGUUUUAAUUCUUAGCCCUGCUGCUUAAUUCCUCUGUACCUCAUGUCCUCAUUGCUGAAGUGGGGACAAUAAUCUGGACCUACCUCACAGGGGAAUUGAGGGUCUUUUCCAUGUGUCCACGUGCUUAGAAGCUGACUAAGAAAUAUUGGAUAGCAUGAUUAUAUAAUUUCUAUGUAGCUGUGACUUUCAAUCUGUGUUAUGUUUUCUUCCUCAUUAACAUCCUACAGAGUAAAGUAUUACAACUGACUUAUUUUUUCCAAGUCAUUUUUAUUGCUAAUGGCCUAUUUGUUAAACAUGAGUGAUUGUACUAUAUUAAUACUUGAUUUAGGGAGGAAAGCAGGUGGGUAUAAACUAGUGGCCCUCAGGUUAGAGUAGAUGAAAAUAGCAGUGGAAAGUAGCCUUGAGCUUUUCUCAAGAAUUAUUAAUUCAAAACAUAACACUAAAGGCCACACACUGACCUAUCACAUUCCUUCUACACCAGCCAAACAAGACAUGGAAUCAGCAUGCAUUUUGCUCGUGUUCUUUUCUGUUCUGUCUAUUGACAUUACUUACGGACACUGAUUAAAAGCUGUGAAUGGAUGUGUGCUUGUAAUUAAUGGAAAUGAGAAAGUUGUCCUUAAGUGUACUUUAAUAUAUACUUGAAAAUGGGGAAUGAAUUUAGAGAUCCAUAUAAGGAAAAUGUUGGGAGCCACUUUUUAAAAGAACUAAAAUUAUUUGGCCUCUCAACACAUUGCUUCUUAGUCCCUGAAUGAUGGAGAGAGAAAGAGGGGAGAGAGAG